UCCUCCUCCUCAUUGCUGGAGUUGCGGCUCUUCCAGCCGCUGCUGCUCCAGCGUGAGUCCGGCGCGACUCCGGUCCGGCCAUGGCAGUGUGGACGCGCGCCUGCAAGGCGGGGCUGGUGGAGGUGCUGGUGCGCGAGCGCUGGGUGCGGGCGCUUGCCGAGCUGAGCGGGGAGGCGCUGGUGCUCAGCUCCGACCCGGAGCCCGUCAACGGGCUGCCCAACGGCGCCGAGUGGGGGAGCCCCGUCGUGGCUGCAGUAACGGCAGCAUCCCGAGCGCGGAGCCCCACGGGCAGCCCGGGCGGGCGGAGCGCAGCGGGCAGCUGCAGCCCGGAGAUGCCCCCCUCGGCGUCCGUCUACCCGCCUUCCUCGCCUCCCAGCCGGCCCUUCUCCCCUCCGCCGGGGCUGCCCGGUGGCGCGUCCUGCUCCGCCUCGUCGCCUCCUGGCUCCCCUCCGAGCGGGGUGCGCCGGGUUAGGGUAGUGAAGGCAGAGGCGGGCGGGCUGGGCAUUAGCAUCAAGGGCGGCCGCGAGAACCGCAUGCCCGUCCUCAUCUCGCGCAUCUUCCCGGGGCUGGCCGCCGAGCGCUGCGGCGCCCUCCGCCUGGGAGACGCCAUUCUUUCCGUCAACGGCACCGACCUCCGCGACGCCACCCACGAUCAGGCCGUGCAGGCGCUCAAGCGGGCCGGCAGGGAGGUCCUCCUGGAAGUGAAGUAUAUGCGGGAAGCCAGCCCUUAUAUCAAGAAGCCGUCACUGGUGUCGGAUUUGCCUUGGGAUGGGGUAGCUCCGCAGUCGCCCAGCCUUAGCGGCAGCGAGGAUUCUGGCUCCCCAAAGCACCAUGGCGCUGCCAAGGACCGUAAGGUGAUCCCUUUGAAGAUGUGCUACGCUGCGAGGAACCUGUGCAUGCCAGAUCUGGAGAACAGGUUGAUAGAGUUGCACUCGCCCGACAGCCGGAACACCCUGAUCCUCCGCUGCAAGGACACAGCCACAGCGCACUCCUGGUUCAUGGCCAUCCACACCAACAUCAUGGCUCUCCUCCCGCAAGUCCUGGCUGAGCUCAACGCCAUGCUGGCCGCCAGCAACACGCCAGGGAGCAGCAAGGAGGUCAAGCACAUUGCGUGGUUGGCGGAACAGGCCCGGCUGGAUGGAGGCCGGCAGCAGUGGCGGCCAGCUCUCUUGGCCGUGACGGAGAAGGACUUGCUGCUCUAUGACUGCAUGCCAUGGACGAGAGAUGCCUGGGCCUCCCCGUGCCACAGCUACCCACUUGUUGCCACCAGGCUAGUGCAUUCUGGCUCAGGCCGCAGAUCACCCUGCAUGGGAUCGGACCUCAGCUUUGCCACGCGAACGGGUUGCCGCCAGGGCAUUGCCAUGCACAUAUUCCGCGUGGAGACUCAUCGGGACCUCUCCUCCUGGACCAGAAUCCUGGUGCAAGGCUGCCACGCUGCUGCAGAGCUGGUCAAGGAGGUGUCUUUAGGGUGUGUCCUGAAUGCCCAGGAGGUCCGCCUCAUCAUCCACUAUGAAAACGGCUUCAUUAUUUCCAAGGAGGAGGCAGGCUCUGCCAGUGUCCUUUUCCGAUACCCUUUUGAGAGGCUAAGAAUGUCUGCGGAUGAUGGCAUCAGAAACCUCUACUUGGAUUUUGGGGGACCGGAAGGGGAACUGACCCUGGAGCUGCACUCCUGCCCCAAACCCAUUGUGUUUGUGUUGCACACGUUCUUGUCGGCCAAAGUGACUCGCCUGGGGCUGCUCGUGUAGGAGGAGCCAAGGGGCCUUGGUGACAUGGCAGUGUCAGCGAACCACAGCAGUAGCAGCACCAAGUCCUGCCUCUGCGAUGUUCUCCAGCAUCAGUGCCUUGACCAAGACUUGUGAUUGGCAGCUGCAUUAUAGACACAAGGCCAUUGGAUGAGCUUCGGCUGGAUGCUGCGGCUGUUGCAUGAACUGCCUUCCUAGGAGAAGCAGCUGAAGGAUGGAAAGGCAGCCAAAGGAGUGAGAUUGGGGGGGGGGGGAAUAAGGCAGCCAAGGAGGCUGCAUGUCAACCCCCCUUGCCUGCCUGGAGUUCGGCAUUGCUCUGAAAACCCCACCGUCGUCUUGGCACCUUGCCAUUCAGGAUCAUGCCCCGUACGAAAGGCAGGUGAGAUGAGAGGUGGUCCUGCCAGGCCAAUAGAGCAGCUCCUGACCUGGGGCAUUACAAAGCCAUUUCUCCCAUAUCCCUUAUACCACAUGUGCCUUUUGGUGGAGGAAGGAAAGAGGAGUCAUGGCAGCAGUGGCAAGCUGGACCCUGGGCCAUUUGCCUGGUUGGGCCGGAAAUGCUGUCUUGUCGGGCAACCCCGCCUUACAGCUUGGAGGGGAGCUUGUAUCCUCUGCAGGGGUUUCAAGAGAUGGGCUUGGCUCAAAUUGAAAAACUGAAGCAUAUGCACUUCAGAGCCACAAGACUCUGGAGGCCUGGACCAGUAAAGGAGGCCAGCUUUACUUAGUUCUAGGUUCCCUGCUCAGGCCAAACAGUGACAUUUUUGAGCUGGGCUGAGAGCACUGUGUUCCUCUGGGAGGGUGGGGUGAGGUUUGGGUGCUGUGAAAUCUGGAAUGCCCUCAGCCCCCAGGGCUGUGGUGCAGAUCAAGACUGUGGCAGUGGGAAAGAGCUAGCCUCAACAAGAGAAGGAGCACCAGCAGUUCAUAAACCAAAGCUGAGCAAAGAGGUCUGUAGUGAGGGUGAUGCUCUCCCCCCCCUUUCCCCCUUACGAAACGAGUGUCCCUUUCUCCUCAUUCCUCUCCACUUUACUACUUCUUCUCGGGGAAGAAGGAAUUCAUGACAGUGUGAAACAGAACACAACAGCCUUAUAAAAGGACGCACUAUUCAGCCCUAUUUGUGGGUUUUGCAAAAUUCUGCCAUGUGAUGGUCACACACACCCUGAUCUUUGCUGCCAUAAAGGCCUGGAACUUUAUUUUUCAAUCGAUGGAACCGCAGAACAUGCAGCUCUUCCCAGCAAACCCAGCUGGGCACCCCUCAUACCACAAGCCCAUUGCAGGGGUGGGGAGAAGCAUUGGGGCAAGGAUAGAGGUUGGUGGGGUGGAGGGCACAGUAGAGCCACAGACAUCCUUAACAGAGUGGGGCUUAGCCUCAAGCAUUGCAGUGGCUGCCUAAGAGAUCAGAAUGGUGGUCCAUUUGCCCUGUUUGAUAACAUAGAAGCCUUUUAACAAAGCCCUAGACCAGGCAUCCCCAAACUUCGGCCCUCCAGAUGUUUUGGACUACAAUUCCCAUCAUCCCUGACCACUGGUCCUGUUAGCUAGGGAUCAUGGGAGUUGUAGGCCAAAACAUCUGGAGGGCCGCAGUUUGGGAAUGUCUGCCCUAGACCAGUGGUUUCCAAUUCUCAUAACUAAAACUGCCAUUGAGAUAUCACAAUUUCCAAAAGUAGGGAGUCUGUGGCUUGGUUUUUAAAAAACAAGGCUGCAGUAGUUAGCUAAUUGGAAACCACUCCCCUAGGUGGUAGAGCGGGACAUGGAAGAGAGAGGGGGAAACCUAUUUUCCUGUUCAUAAUACAGGCCCUUGAGAAUGCUUGAGCCUGAGGCUUUAGGAGACAAGUAAAAGAGACGCAGGUGGUGCUGUGGGUUAAACCACUGAGCCCUAGGGCUUGCUGAUCAGAAGGUCGGCAGUUUGAAUCCCUGCGACGGGAUGAGCUCCCAUUGCUCAGUCCCAGCUCCUGCCAACCUAGCAGUUUGAAGGCACGUCAAAGUGCAAGUAGAUAAAUAGGUACCGCUCCAAGUGGGAAGGUAAACAGCGUUUCCGUGUGCUACUCUGGUUUGCCAGAAGCGGCUUUGUCAUGCUGGCCACAUGACCUGGAAGCUGCACGCCAGCUUCGGUCAUGACUGGACCUAAUGGUCAGGGGUCCCUUUACCUAAAAGAGAGAUAGGGUGUGUGUGUGUGUGGUUUUUUUUUCCUAUGCUCCAAAAAAGUCAUUUAGCCAUGGGGCAAUGCCUAAAAGACACAAGUCAUGCUUGGCUUAGCAGCUGGCCAUGGACCAAAUUUUGCAAGAAGGGGGCCAGGUGCUUCUGUGAGUUGCUGGUUCCUCUGAGGAGGUAGCAUCCUCAGGUUUGGGAGGGAUUGACUGGGAGAAGUAUCUGAUAAAAGGUUCUGUGUGUGGUGGCUCUUGUAUAAAAGUGCUUAUUCCCAGCAAGGUGGCUUCUGCCUGCAAAAGUCCCAACCGAAUAUGUAGAGUUGCAGACUUGGCUUUUUGGUGGAAUUCUGAAGGAUGUGCUGUGGAAGAAGGAAAGGGAAGUGUGGUCUAGUGUUGUGGGAGGUGGGCCUUGGAGACAUUGGAAGGGGCUACAGAUGAGGACUUCAGUCCCUGCCUAAAUCCUCUUAGGCCUGUGCACUUUUAUUCUGAUGAUGUCUCAAGGCUAGUCACAGCUUAAUGGAGCUUUAUAAUUAAGCAGACAUCUGUUCUAGUGUCCACUUAUGGUCCCACAGAACAGUAGAAAAUAGUGUUCCCAGUUGGUGGUUCCCAGUUGGUGGUAACCCACCCAGGGAGUCCGUGGCACCAUUCACAUAACAUAAGCUGCUGUAGAGCUAACAUAAAAUUCACAAGUAGAGGGGCCACAGCUUGGAUUUUGAAAAACAGGGAGUCCACAAUACUUAGCUAACUGGGAACCACUGGUUUAGAGUGUGCAUGUGUGCUGGAAUUUAGUUGCAAGCAGGAUUUGGGUCACUUUCAAGGCUCCUCUCGUGUCAUUAUGGGCAGCAAAUCAGUCAGAGCGCAAUUAUUGCCUGUGCUUGUGAAAAAUUAAAAGAUGUAUCUCGACAUUUGCCAGGGCUGUCUGACAACUGUUCCAGUUGCAAUGGCUGGAGCGGGGAAGCAGGUUUCACGGAGCUCACCUUUGGUGCCAGUCUAAGGGCAAUGCAACAAUGUGGAGAGAUGACAACGGUGGUUCUUGCAUAGGUAUGAGAAUAGCAGUUGGGUUGUGGUAGAACAGACACCAAAGCAUUCAUUUCUGUAUGUUUGAAAUUCACUCAAACGAGCAUAUUAGGCCUCUCUCCUUAUUUAAUAGUUUAGCUGCUCAAUUUUAAGAGGAAUUGUUUACUGCUUACAUAGAAACAAUUUAAUGCAAUGGAAACCAGCUUUUUAUUUGUCUCGGACAAGUUACCUCCAUUGGAGAGUGUCUCUCACCACCUCACAAAUACUGACUUCAGUUCCAUCCAUGGCAUUAUCCCAAGACAAUUUCCUGCACAUUCACAUAUGCAUUAGGCAAACCAAGGCUGUACUUGGGGUUAGUGGCACGCUCUGAGCAGAAAUGGCUUCUUAACCUCUUGUAAUGGACUUGGGUUUUCCAGUUUUUAUUCAGUGUUAUUCUGGUGGUUGCCAACACUUGUGUUUUGCACCAAAACCUGCACCGUGACUGUUGUGCCAUGGAGGACAGCACCAGAUGCUGCUAUGUGUGUUUGGAAACUCCAAACACACACAGUCAUAAACAGAAGAUACUCUGGCUGGCCUUAACAGAACUUUUUAAAAUGGUGCUUUGGUAUCACAGUGAAAGGUGACCUUACAAAAAAAAAAACACCAUGAUGAGCUUUUAAAAACAAUUUUUUUAAAAGCCCAGGUAGUCCUGCAGUUCCCACUCUGAACACUUCCUUUUUAAUAGCACUUUCCCUCAAAGUUGUAUAGCACUCUGUUUUCCCCCCCCCAUACCAGGCCUGGUUCCCAUAGCUGGGGCGGGGGCCACGCUAACCGCUUCUGUGAUCUGGACACCAAGCAGUGCGCAAUAAAACGACAGGUGUUUGGUCUGUACAACCUUUGCCUUCAUUGCCUGGCCCUCAUCUGCUCCUGACCCUUCAGCAUUGGGGCAUGGAGCACACGAUCAAAUUCCCUAUGGAGUUGCACUUUGCUAUCCCAGUGACUAGGGACCCAGGUGGCGCUGUGGUUAAACCACUGAGCCUAGGGCUUGCUGAUCAGAAGGUCAGCGGUUCGAAUCCCUGUGACGGGGUGAGCUCCCGUUGGUCGGUCCCAGCUCCUGCCCACCUAGCAGUUCGAAAGCACGUCAAAAUGCAAGUAGAUAAAUAGGAACCGCUACAGCGGGAAGGUAAACGGCAUUUCCAUGUGCUGCUCUGGUUUGCCAGAAGCGGCUUUGUCAUGCUGGCCACAUGACCUGGAAGCUAUACGCCGGCUCCCUCGGCCAAUAAUGCGAGAUGAGCGCGCAACCCCAGAGUCGGUCACGACUGGACCUAAUGGUCAGGGGUUCCUUUACCUUUUUAUCCCAGUGACUAGAUUGUGUGUUUGUGUAAAAGGAUGGUGGUUCCUGAUUCUUUCAAAAGUAAUAUUUUUUCGAUGGCAAUUUUAUUCCCUCAUCAGCAACCCCCCCUACAUUGUCUGUUUCCUUUGUUCUGCAGCUGGGGUUUUCCUGUUUUGGGGUUCCCCAUCUGCUAUAGAAAUCAGUCAGGAGUUUACAGUUUGGGCAAAUGCAACUUUAAGGCCCCAAGUGCCAAAGAUGAGACUUCUUGAAAGAUCUCUUCAAGAAAUCUGCACAGAAACCACUACAAAUAAAUGUUUUUGUUUAUCCCGCGUAAGGUCUGUUUGUGCUUCUGUUUGUGUGCACACUGUUUGAUCAUAGCUGCCAAGUUUUUCCUUUUCUCACAAGGAAGCCUAUUCAGCAUAAGGGAAAAUCCCUUUAAAAAAGGGAUAACUUGGCAGCUAUGUGUUUGAUAGAAUCUAACCUUGGGUAUUGAGGCACAACCAGUAACACUGCCACAAUCAAUCCAAAAUGUACAACUGACUUUAUUUUUGUAUUCUUUGUAAAUGGUAUUUAUACAAGAACAAAUUCUUUUUUUCCUGAGUUUUUAAUUUCAAAUGUUGGGAGUCUCCAGGUUACCAAAUCCAGAUAAAACAAGUGGUGGUGUGGGCAGUGUAUGGUCUUCACAAGCAAAGGAAUGUGCUCUCUCUAGAGAAUACAUGGAUACCCUCCAGCCCUUGAGUUACAUGCUAACUGUAUAGUAUUGUACAUUACAAUGGAAAUGUGACUUAAGGGUGACUGUAACCUUUAUGUUGUGCAUAAUAAAGGUGUUUAUGCUUUUAGUUUUAA